CGGGGAAGUGUGCCAGCAGCGCCAGCGGUGAGCUCUGAUCUUGGCUUCGCCGGCAAAAGCGCGGAGCUGCCGGGUGCUGGAGCCUGUCCCCCCUCGGCUCGGACUUCUUGUCAUUCGUGCGCAGGGCAGAGAGAGAGAGUUGCAGAAGCAGAGCGCAAGCGGACUCUACUGGCACCUCAUCCCGCAGGAUGAAACCGGGAAUUAGCCGAGAAGGAUCUCCGGAGCGUGUGGAGAAACCCGCAGCGGGGAGCCGGCAGAUGAUGGUGGUGGGGACCGGGACGACCCGGAGCGGGAGCCGGUGUCUGCCCCUCUUCCUCCUGCUUCUUCUCGGCAGCAGCUGCCACAUGUUGCACGGCCAAGAAGUGGCUCCCUACCUACGAGGGGGUGGACUGGGGCAGCAGGUGGUGUUGGAAGGAAACAGACUGGUGCUGACCUGCCUGGCUGGAGGCAGCUGGCCUCUGCAGUACCGCUGGACUCUCAACAACAGCAACAUCACUGACUGGACACCCCAGUACAGGUUGUCUAUGCCGUCCCUGAAGAGGACCGACGCUGGCCUGUAUCAGUGCACCGUGAGGAACAGGAUGGGAGCAGUCAUACACAGGAAAACAGAGGUGCAGGUGGCCUUUUUGGGAAACGUCUCCGCCGAGGAGCAGAGAAAGACGGUGACUCAGGGCCGAGCAGCCAUCAUCAGCCCGCCUCCUCUCGCUUCCUUUCCUCGACCCCUAGUCACAUGGUACAAGGACGGACACAAGAUCAUCCCAAACAACCGAAUAGCGAUCACCAUGGACAAUCAGCUGGUUGUCUUGGCAACCACUGCAACGGAUGCUGGACGUUACCAUGUAGAAGCCGUGAACGAGAUGACUGGAGAGAAUGUGACGAGUCCCGCUGUCUACCUGAGCAUCUCAGUUGGCAAGAAAAACCGCGGGUCAACAGAUCCUGAGUCGGAGCAAGUGGCUCCUGCAAUAGUGAUCGGACCUAAAGACACAACAGUGGUGACGGGGAGCGAGGCUACACUGGAGUGCAUCGCUAAUGCCAGACCAGUGGAUGGCCUUGUCGUGUCAUGGAAACGUGAAGGGCGUCGGCUGGCCGGUGGGCGUCGGCUCAUUAUU